AUGGAAAUAUCUCAAACAGAAUUAGGCGUAGAAGUUCGAGGAUUCCGUAUAACGGAGCAGUCAACAUUUUCAGACAAAAUGUUCCAAAAUAUCAAGAAGUUCAUUAUUGAACACCGAAUAGUUAUUUUUGGUGACCGGGAAAAGCAUGCAGAAAUAACCCGGCGGUUAGGAAUAAUCAACGGGGCAUUGUUUAAGGAAGACCGACUUUAUUUCCACUCGAAGUGUCCACAUCCUGAUGUGUAUAGAAUUUCAAAUGAUCCAGAAGAGGGUUGUACCAAUGUGGGACGUUCCGGUUGGCAUAUUGAUAGCUGUUACUUGCACGAUCCUUUCAAAUACUCCCUUUACCAUGUAGUAGAUGUGCCCAAGACAGGCGCUACAG